UGACAUGAGCUCGAGUGUAUAAAUUUCUCUCAUGCAGGACACCCACGGACAUCACUCUUUCUGAUAUCCAGCAAGCUAAAUCAGCUGUCAUACAUUUGCUACCAAGUAAACUGCAUCAACAAGCACUAAAUACAGCUUAUUGACGCGCGUGAGCAUCUGCAUCGUCAAGAAUUUCUUCAGGAUAUCGAUCCGGGUGUGCUCCAAACAGAAUUAGCCAAAAUGUCACUCUAUCCGUCUCUAGAAGACAUGAAGGUGGAUAAAUUCAUACAGGCACACAACACUCCGACUGUGAGUCCAUCGAAAGCUUUACCUCUCCCUGAACCUUCCAGUACUCAAAAUGAACCCAGUACCUACUGUGAUUCAAAAGCUGAAGAAACAGGUACCUGUAACAGGUUGUACCCUGAGCUGAAUGAGUUUAUGGGUCUAAACCUCAGUUCAGAUGCCCUACAAACGUUUUCCUCAUCAAUUCCUGACCAGACUACUGGGGCUCUCAGCGUGUGUACCUCUGGAAUGAGCUGGGCAGCAGCACCUGUAACAGGAAGUGACCUGGGAGUGAAGAGGGCAGAGAUUCGGCAGGGUGUACGGGAGGUGGUGCUGUGCAAAGACAUGGAUGGAAAAAUUGGCCUCCGCCUCAAAGCCAUAGAUAAUGGUGUGUUUGUGCAGUUAGUGCAGGCUAACACAGCUGCAGCUCUGGCAGGACUGCGCUUUGGUGAUCAGAUUCUGGAGAUCAAUGGCAAAUCAUGUGCUGGCUGGAGUAGCGAUUACGCUCAUAAGGUGCUCAAGAACUCCAAUCCAGAGAGAAUCACGUUGGCUGUGCGAGACAGGCCACUGGAGCGAACUGUGACCCUUCACAAGGACAUGAACGGGCAGCUUGGCUUUAUUUUUAGAAAAGGUCGAAUCACCUCAAUAGUAAAAGACAGCUCAUCUGCACGCAACGGCCUGCUUACUGAUCAUCAGAUCUGUGAGAUCAAUGGUCAGAACAUCAUCGGACUAAAGGACACGCAAAUCAUGGACAUUCUUAAUUCUAGCGGGGGUGUUGUCACGAUAACUGUAAUGCCAGUGGUUAUCUUUGAACACAUGAUGAAAAGGAUGUCCAGCAGUAUUGUAAAGUCACUCAUGGAUCAUUCUAUUCCUGAGGUGUGAGUUGGUUUGGGUCAAACUGUACAGCUGAGGAUGAUUUAGCCACAGCUUUGACGACUCACAUUUGGUCUGUGGUACAAGUUCAGCUACCAUUGUGAGAAUUUAUACAUGUGUGUUUUAGAGAUUAUUGACAUGCAAAGACAAAACAGAGCAAGGAGAAUGAGAGAGAUAUUUACUUCAGCUUUUUCUUUUUAAGUAAUAGUGUACUCAGAAAUGCUGUAAUCCUUUACUCAUUUUCAUGUUGUUCUAAUCCUGUAUACCAUUUUGUUGUGUAAGCAGGGCUUCACAAUAACACCCACCAACCCACCAAAUACAGGUAGAUUUCAGCUGUGGCGGGUUAAACAGACACUCCCACUAGCCACUUUGGCUGGUUGAAAAUAUUUUUUAAAUUGUAGUUUUCUUAAAAGCAGGGUCCGACUAUAAAGAUGGCCCAAUAUUAAUGCAAAUGUGAUCUUAGAAUCGAGAAGCAGCACGACUGACAAACUAAUUGUUUUCGCGCAAGCAAAAGAAAGCAGGGGAUUACUGAAUGAGAGGAUGAUUACUCGCAUGCACAGGUGAUGUGAUGUGCUGGACUGUUAAAAAGCGUGUGCGCUCCUGUUUACUUGCGCGAAGCAACCGUGCUUAGAGGAAACGCAACUGGUGCAAUCGGUUCUCUUUGAAAUAGACUGGACAAAAAGCGAUGAUCAUGCACCCAGAGUCCUGCUGCUUUCA